UGCCCGACGGAGACGGAGCUACGAAAAAAAAAGCGGAUGCAAAGAAAACAAAAAUAUAAACUUUAAAGAACCCCGCAAUUCUGUAAUCGCCAAGGAAACAAAUAUUUAGACUUGUAUACAGUUAUAUAUACAUACAUAUUGAGUCAAAUAGAAUAUAGAACAUUUAUAUAGAUAUGUACAUACAUAUGUAAAUAACGUAACCUUGGCAACAGUAUGGCGCUUAAUUUGCAUGUAUCUGAGAGAUAUGCUGAACCAGUUGUCAUCGCUGUCAACUAAUCAAAUUCCUAUCGAAGCACGAAAUCAAAUAAUGUAUAAGAGAACAGCUGCACAAAUGGAAGAGUGCGAAGAUGACGACUGUUGCAUUGUGGAGCUGGAGGAGGGUGGAAUUAACUGUUUUCUCUGCCAGCAACUGUUCACGGACAUUGAUGAGCUGCAGCAACACUUUCUGACUCACUUUGCGGAAUGUGCCGAAAAUACAACUACAAAAUUCUUCAAUUGUGAUGUUUGCGGCAGAAGCUUACGCUCCGAACAGGAGUUGCAGAAGCACCACGAACGUUUCCAUGCGGCACACCUGAUUCAAAUCGAAUCUCGAAAUCGGUUUAAGUGUGAAAAGUGCAAUAAUGUCUACCUGAGCCUCGAUUUCCUGGAGAAACACAUACAAGUGGCCCACAAUGUGGGGGAGACGUUUACGCAGGCUCCUGCACAGUCGGAACAGAGGACAGUUAUGUUUCUUAAUCCACCUGCAAAACAAAAAUAUCCACCAAGGUCGCCCUACUUCAAUCCUAAUCUGUGGUUAGACUUCGAUCCCUAUGUACCAACAUCUCAUUAAAUUUAUUAAAACAUAAAUUUCAUUUAUACAAAAACAUA